UUUCAUCCUUUUUCUCGCUUUUUUUUCUUUUUUUUUUACCGCUCCAAAUAGUUAAGGCCGCCGAUUCUCCGAUAAUAGUUAAACUUUUUUUGUUUUUUCGGUUUGCUGUUUAGUAAGCGCAACCCUGGUGCUAAACACCUGUAGAAUCCGUAAUCACUGGUCGCUUUUCGGAUUUAAUGGGUCUGACAAACUCGGCUUAAUAAAAAAGUCAUUAGUUAUACGCAGAAAUAUUUUCGCAGUUAACUAACAGUAUAAUACGGCUCGGAAUCAUAUCAUUAAUUAUAUAAAUAAAUAAACAUCGCCACCUAUAUCUUUAAAUGUUUAAUCUUUAUAUGUUACUUUAAAUAGUUAAAGCCUUCUUGUAUUAUCUCCACUUCCUUUCACAUAUAUAAACAUGUCGGAAACUUACCCUUGGACAUUAAAAUACGAUAAUUCAUUAAAUCAAUAUUACUAUAUAAAUAAUAUAGACCAAUCAAUAACGUUUGAUUUACCUUGUGAAGUUAACCAUACACCAUAUUCAUCAAUGAGUUCUUCAAAGGGAAAAUUCUUAUCUAAAUUAAAGAGAAACAGUAGUAGUACUGGUACUGUUUCUAGUGGAUGUUUAACUAAUAGCAAUAGCAAUAGCAAUUCAAACACUUCAGUAUUAUCUAAAAUCAGUUCGGUGUUAUCUUUGAGAUCUUCGAAAUCUCAUGAUUCAACUAUAAGACAUGAAUCUAUACAAGAAGAAGAGCCAAUAGUGGUUAAGCAAUCACAAGCCACUAUUCCUACUUCUAAUUCUGCUACAUAUACUCCUCCAAAUUCUUCAUUGGAAUCUUCAUUUAAUAUUUCAUUAGAAGAAAUAAAUAACAAUGAAAAUGACGAUAAUUCAUCAAUAAUAUCUGGUUUAGACGAUGAAUAUCUCAUAAACAAUUACUCCAAUUUCAGAAAUUUCGCUGGUACUUCACUCGUCAAUUCUCCAUCUCGUAUGACAAUGAUUGAAGAUUACGAUGUAGAGGAAGAAGAAUACGACGAACAAGAAUCUAUAAACUCAUACGAAAGUGAAUUUGAAGAAGAAGUCCAUUCCUUCUAUGAUGAUUAUAAUACUUCCUACAUACCUGAUGAUUCCUAUUACUAUUAUCAUCCACAAGAUGAGCAACAGCAAACUCCAAUUCCUACUGAUGAAAUUCACAAAUACAAUGUAGACAAAGAAUUAGAAAGACGUGACUUACGUUUACAAAUUCUUAAAGAAUUAUACUAAAUAAUAAGAUUAUAUUAAACAAGCAUCUGUGGAGACAAGAUCUGAAUCAUUGUCAGGGUGGUACGGGUAUUUUUAACAUAAUAAUUUAAUUUUUGUUAAUAUUAAUUAAUUUUUUUGCGGUUUUUCGGCGGCUCGGUCAUAACC